AUGGGAUCUCCCCAUAGCGGUGGCGAUCUCUCGUUGCCCGGUAUGCCUACUGAGGUUCUCUCGAUCAUCAUCAAUCUAGCCGGUCCUGAGACCCUCCCAGCACUUCGACUCACAGAUAAACGUCUCUGCGCAGUCUCGAACAGACCGUUCGCAAUCCAGUAUAUCUCAAAGCGUAGGCACGUCCAGUCUACGCACAGCAUAGAUGCCCUCAUCGAGAUCACAGCCCAUCCUUUCUUCGGCAAGUUCGUCCGAACAGUCAUGGUCAGCGGUUAUCGGCCAGAACCACCGAAGCGGUGGAAAAGUUCUAAGAAAUGUCCUGGCUGUGGUCAACCUCAAAGCCAAUCCUACUGUACCAGUCCUGCCGUUCACAAUCUUACAUUGAGCCAGGUGCAACUUGCGGAGAAGCUUGGAGAGGUGUUCUCCAAUGUCGAGCGCAGCUCAACUCCAGUAACCAUCGGAGUCUGCGACUAUCGGAGACAUUGCUUUGGCUCUUCCGGCUACAUGAAGUUCGAGAAGUGCAGCGAAUGGGCGGAAGGCGAACUCAACGAUAAGAGGUUCCUCGCUGUCUUGCGUCUCAGCAUGCGCCGAGUAGACCCAUCGUAUCAUAUUAUCAGGACUUUCAAAGCAAUCCUCCAAGCGGCCCAGGUGUCUGGAUGCGAGAUUGAGGGUAUCAAUUAUGACCUCUGUGAUGGUCGUAUGCCACGAAUCGAUAGCAUUGCCCAUCGAAAGGAGAUUCUCAGCUUCUGGAGCCGUUCUGCCGAUCGGCUGGCUCAAAUGCCGAUCUUCGAGUUGAGCGUCCGACCGGAAUUUCCAGGAAAUCCUCAGACCCAUUUGAAGUACGAUCGCAAUAGAAGUCGGCUUGACCUAUCCGGAUACAGCUUCGAAUGGACUAGUGGCGACGACACAAUCCCCAGCACGCUGGCCGUGCUCGUUGGACUCUCAACCUAUCCAAUUGUCUCGGUCAAGCUUCAAGGUUGCAUCUUCAAUAGACUGGACCUCUUGUGGAUAUUCCAGAGCCCCACACUCAGAAGGCUUACGCUGCGUAGUGUGGCUCUGUACACAGGAUGGUUUAAUACCAACUUCUGGAGCAGCCUCCUAGAUAGACUCUCUCGCGUGAAACACUUGAAGCACCUUGAGCUCUUCCAUGCCCGUUAUAUGUUCUUCCCUCAGGGAGGACACUCUAUGCAACUUCAGUCCGCAACUGAGUGGUACGAACUCAACAACGAGUUACAGUGGAGUGAGUCUUGGUUCACCUUGGCACCUUCGGGAGAUGUGGAUGAGGGCAUAAUCUUGACGGACCAAACAAGCAUCUCUGUUCAACUCAAGGCAUUGGCAGACCAAGUGGCACAAACGGAGGUCGACAAGGUUGCCGAGAUCAAAAGAGACGGGUUCGUUCGCACCAACAUUGUUGGCAUUUGUCAUAAUGUCCAACCAGACACGAAUUUCAUGUCUACCGGGGAGGAUCGUGACGAGGUGCAAGAUGGCGAGAGCGGUCAGACAAGUGACGCUCAAGACGAACCCAGAGCAAACGACAAUCAUCACGAGCCCGAA